GCUGUCCAUGGGGACUUUGUCGGGGCCCAGGAGCAACGGCAGCGGCAGCAGGACCGCGCCGAGAGCUGGGUCCGACGGAAUGCGCAGCACUGCCCUGGCUGUCGGGCCAUCGUCCAGCGCAACGGGGGAUGCAACCACAUGGUUUGUCGCUGUGGAACUCACUUCUGCUAUGUGUGUGGCCGCCCUUGGGACGAGCACACAUCUCAGGAGGGUGGCAUAGACUAUUAUGUUUGCCGUAUGCCCAAGGCGGACCGCAACAGCCAUGCUUUGGACAACACCAUGGUCCAACAGUUUGAG